UAGAUGGGGUACUAAAUCAUCUGUGGUGCAGUGUGAGUGUGUGGAGCCACUCAGGUCUGCUAGAUGUAUCUGAAUCGGGGUGAUUCCUCCUCUCCUCCCUCUCUCUGAUCACUCCUCAGCGCUGACAGAGAGCGGACAGUCGCCCACAAUAACCGGCUCUGUAGCAGCCGCUGGCUUAUCUCAUCUCCGCGGAUCGCCCCCGGUGCCGACCCGUACUGGCUGUCCCCUCCUGUAUCAUCUGAAUCACACACACACACACACUCACUCACAGAUGCGGUCGUGUUUCACUUUCUUUGCCUCCAAGGACCCGAGUCUCUCACAUCUUUUCCCCAGAUCUUUGUCUCUGGACGGCAGGCUGCGGCUGCGUUAAUGCUCCGUGACCGUGGCCUGAUGCUGAAAUCCCUACAUUCAUGAGGAGGCAACAGGAAGCAGAUUACUGAGGGAUUAAACACAUGCACACAUAUACACACACACACUCACAUGCACAGAGGAUACCAUAGCACAAGGAUUUGUCCGCUGUCCAACAGUGGAUCUCGUUCUGAAUGAACUUGUCUGACUGACUGACUGACUGACAGACUGACUGACUGACUGACUGAGACUCUCUGCUAUCAUGGAAGAAGAGGAGGAGCCAACAGAGUCUCAGUGAAUUUAACUCCCAUAACCCCUCCUUCUCUCUACCACCUCACUAUCAAAGGCUUCGACUGGUCGAUGGGGAUUACUGACUUAUAAUAAACACAGCGAAGCAUGCGGAAAGAGAGAGAGGAGUGCAGAGCCGACCGUCCGCCUGCUGCUGUCCCAUGAUGCAUUUACACAUGUAAGAGCAGGAUCAGCCACACAGAGGGCUGUUUCUAUGGAUACCCCUGCCCUGGGUAGUAUUAAUAAGACUCACUGAUAUCCUGACUAUCUGUGCGUGGAGAAGAUACAGAGAGAGAUUAGAAAGUGUAUCCUUGCAGCAGACUACAGCAUCAUUCAACAUCUGUGGAGCAGAGCAACACAGCCUCAUCAAGUGUCAAGAGGAAAAUGAUAUUGUGAGGAUCCAUCAUGGCCAGACAAGACACACCUCUCUUUCUCCAUGGUUUUGACCUCAGUGGUCACUUCACUGACCUUCGACCUCUUGGCACGGGUGUUACCGGCCUGGUCCUGUCAGCUCUGGACCAGCGUACUGGACAACGCGUUGCAAUUAAAAAGCUGGUGAUGCGUGAUGCUGUGACGGUGAAACACGGGCUGCGGGAGGUCAAAAUCACCCGGUGGCUGCACCAUGAGAAUGUGGUCCGGGUUCAUGAGGUUUUGGCACCAUACGGACGACCUCUGCCCCGAGACCCAAACCAGCUGAGUGCUUUGUACAUUGUCCAAGAGUGCAUGGAGACAGAUCUGGCUCGGCUGCUGGAACAAGGGCCGCUACCCACAGGUCACGCUACUCUGCUGUUCUACCAGCUGCUAAGGGGACUGAAGUUCAUUCAUUCAGCUAACGUCCUGCACAGAGACCUGAAGCCUGCCAACAUAUUCAUCAACAUAGACCAACUGCUGCUCAAGAUCGGCGACUUCGGGCUGGCCAGGAUAGUCGACCCUCACUAUUCUCAUAAGGGCUAUCUAUCUGAGGGUCUGGUAACUAAGUGGUAUUGUUCCCCCCGUCUGCUCCUGUCCCCCAACAAUUAUACCAAGGCCAUAGACAUGUGGGCCGCUGGCUGCAUACUGGCUGAGAUGCUCACUGGACGCAUGCUGUUUGCAGGAGCUCAUGAGCUGGAGCAGAUGCAGCUGAUUCUCAACACGGUGCCGGUGCUGAGAGAGGAGGACAGGCAGGACCUGCUACAGGUGAUGCCUUCAUAUGUCAGUCAUGGCUGGAGAGUGAAGAAACCCUUUUCUGAAUUGCUUCCUGAAGUGGAUGCUCUGGCUGUGGACUUCCUUCAGCGUAUCUUGACUUUUAAUCCCAUGGAUCGGCUGACGGCUGAAGAGGCGCUGUCUCACCUCUUCCUCCAGCAGUACUCCUGUCCAGAGGAUGAGCCCACCUCAUUACAUCCCUUCCGCAUUGAGGAUGAACUGGAAGACAGCCUGAUUACAGAGCAGAGCCUGAGCAACAGCAAUAGUCAGGCCUCCAGCAUCCAAUGGGACAGGUAUGAGAACAGUUUAUCGACAGAUGUGUGCUGGCAGCAGUCAGGCGGGAGAUGUCGCUGCAUGCCCCCUGGCCACAUUACUUCUGAUUUGGGAGACACCACAGAAGAUGAGGAGGUGCAGAGGGACCCUCGGGCCAGUUCUGCCUCACUGUUAGAGGAGGCUCAGGUCGAUCCACGCAAAUAUUCCCAUAGCAGCUCAGCAGAACGUUUUCUGGAAAACUCUCACUCCUCUCUGGAACGGGCCUGUGGUUUUGGGUUUGGGGAGCUAGACUGUGGCCGCUCCUGUGACUACAAAGUGGGCUCUCCAUCAUAUCUGGAUAAAAUUGCCUGGAGAGAGGGAAAGCCACAACACUACUCAGAACCUAAGCUGAUUCUGGAUCUGUCACAUUGGAAGCAUAACAUUAACAGCCUCCCUGUGCCCACCGUGCCUAUUGGUGGCAGUGUGGAGGAUCUGGGAGAGAUGAAGGAGGAGGAAGCAGAAGAGGAGAAGGACAAGGAAACAGGGAAUUUAUUCCAGGAAAUUUCUCGCUGGGUGGAGAGCACCCAGUCUCGUCUGCACUCGCCCAGUCCCACUCUGUCUUUGGAGCAACGUUCACCCUUGUGCUACACCUCCUCUCCCCCUCUCCCUCUCUCUCCAACUGACCUCCCGACUCCAGUCUUCCACUACACGGAAGUUGUGCAGCAACCAUCCGCUGACUAUGAUGAAGACAGGCUCAGCCCACUUCCAGCUGUCACACCAUCCAUUCAUUCUCUUCCUUCACUCCUCCCUUCAUCUCCCACCUCUCCACUUCCUCCACAGUUACCUCACAUAGCAUCUCCUCCUAUCUCGCCUCUGUUUCCUCCCCCAGAAUCUCCACCUCUUUCCUCUACUUCCUCAAUAUCUCAGCCAGUAAAUGAUGAAUCCAUGGAGUCUCUUCCUGUAAAGCAAAAAGAGCGGCUGUUUGACUUGGAUGUGUUCAUCUCUCGAGCGUUGAAACUGUGCAGGCAGAAUAAGGAGAAAGGAGAUGGGAAAAAAGCAAGAGAGGGAGGGUGGAGGGAAGAAAGCAAACAGCCCAGCAUUAACCGAAGGGUGCCCAGGUUUCCUGAGCACAGGACUCCACCACCACAGACUCCCAACUCUUGAUGUUGAGGUUCAACUUAAAAGUCCACCACAGCAUCAUCAUGGGUAGCAUUUCCAAAUGCUCUGCUUUACAUAGUGAGGGGUGUCCAUGGUUGAAUAUGCUGCUUAAUCAUUAGACCUUAGUCUUAGCAGCUGUUGUCUGCUUGGUACUAUUGCAAUGACACGCUACUCGCUGUGACUAAAAACCUCACUUAAACAAGCAAUCCUGCUGCUUUGUAAAGAGGUGCUCUCAGGCAAUAAGAAGUCAAGAAGCAUUUGGUUAAAACGAAAAUAACCAUGCUUAGCAUUGCAAAUAUGACAAUAUUUGGAAAUAUUCUGCUAGUUAAUGAUUGUGAUGUUUAUGGUUUGCUGUUGUAUGUCAAGAAGUGAAAGAUUGGUCAAACUUUGACUUUUUGUUCUGCAAACGACUGAGAGGGAGCAAUCAGUUUGAUAACAAUAGUUGAGGAGACUGUGUACUGGAUAACGGUGGGUUUGCUUCAGCUCUGUUUUUGCUGUCAGUCAGUAUUUUUUUUUUCCCAAAUGUCUUCCAAACGUGAUGUCCACCAAAUAAUGAUGGUGACACAGGACAUGCUUUUGUCAAGUUUCUCUGAAUGUAUUAACUGAGAAAUAAUCAGUCAAAUUAUGCUACAUGAUGAAUCAUAAGGAUGUUAACACUAUUUGUUGCUGUUUUAACCUCCCCAAAGUAACUGAAAGAGCUCUGUCACUGCAACAUGCCUUGUAAACUUGUAUAAAAUGUACAACAGUUGUCAUAUUUAAUUCUAUAGUAUAUUUCUUACGACUGUUGUUACUGUUAUUCUUGUGUUCGAAAGAUGAUUGUGUUAUUUGUUGAAUUCUAGAGCACAAUCCUAUGUUCAUUUGGACGGAGUUAUAUUUUGUUUAAAUGUGUUAUGCUGUAUGACAAUUUAUGAUUAAUUGGCAAGCGUUGCUGUAGUUAGAUGGUUAACAGUUUUCACAGACGGUUCAGUGAGUUCAUAUUCUGUCUGCCUGAUGCACCAAACAAGGUCAUCAUCUGCUGUACACUCACCGUCUCUUUGAUGAUACUAUUCUCUCUGUAGUAGACAGCCAGAUAUCUGUCUCCAUUUUGAUCACUUGUUACCCACAGAAAGCUGUAAUGCAAUCAACAGUAGCCUAUAUUUUGAAGAAUCUAGAUCAUUUACAAUCUUUAUAGGAAAUAAAUUCUGAUUCAAUGAUGCCCAGUAACCAUAUAUAUAUAUAUGGAAUAGAAAAUAAACCAAACAUAUAUUUUGAAAUACUUUUCUAUCCAGAGUGUUAGGCAAUAGAUACUCAGAAUGUUGUUUAUUCUGGCAUCUGAUGUCUCCCCAUACAGUGAGAUAUGAAUUAACGUCAGAUGAAGAGUGUUGGCUUGUGCCUCGUACUUUCUAAAUCAAGUGCAUUUGACUUCAGUUACCGAGCUAAGAAGCGAGUGUGAACACAUGUAGAUGGCAUUAAAAUAUUGUGCUGAGUUUGUACCAAAAAGAACCUAGAAACCUGGUUUCACUGUUUAAAAUGUAAAGCUAACGUGGCUGUACACACAGACAGGUCUGGCAAGGGAGGACUGGAGCCUUGAGAUGUAUAAGAAACACUGCCAGCACAGCUACAUUACCACAACAUAAUUCAUAUUCUAUCUGUUCAGCCAUCUUUUACUCCAGUAUCUGAUAUACAUAAUUUAAUUAUUUCGUGCUCCCUUACAUAUUCUUUUUAAUUCUCAAUCUACAGUCAAAAAAACUAGGGUGGCUCUAGUGUGGCAGCAGUUGACAGGAUGAAAUUCACCAUCCCACAAUGUAGCAACUGUAUCCUUUUUCUCUGCUGUACCACAGUUGGAAAGUUUAAGGCUGAAAAAUUAACUGUUUAAUGUGUGCUAAUGCUUUUGGCAGUUAAAUGUUAAUGCACACAUAAUAUUGCUCUAAAAAGGUCGAGCUCUGUAAUAUCUUCAGCUCUUAUACACACUGUAGCCAACAUAAACAGGUUGUGAGCAAAUCAUCACUCGCACAACGUAGUAUGACUUCUUAAGGAUCGAGCCAUACAUACUGUAAACUCAAUGUGUGAAUUGCUAACAGUACAACCUAUGAGACAGCAAAGCCAGGUGCAUUCUUUUAUAUUUACAUGAAGCACAUUAAAACCCACUAGCACAUUUAGGAAUGAUGAUUUUCCUCAGAAAACACUGUAGUACCACUGUCAGUGUUCAUUUUAAUCAGUAAUGUACUGCUAAGGUACCUGUACCGGGGCCGGGUUGCUGGACUAACUAAUCAUCAGAAGUGUGUGAGUAAACAAAAAUUGAAUGUCCAUUUUUUGAUCCAGAGCCAUUUAUGUAUGUAUAAUGGAAAUGCAUAUCAGCCGCAGUCAAACUAAUUAAAGGAAUCUAGUUUUUAACUGAUCCACGUCUAAUGAUCACAUUUUGCAUUGUACAGUUUUCUCUGCAGGUAACCUAAGCCAGCAAUAACAUCAUUUAUGAAUGACACAAAUAUAACAUGUGGUUACUGAGCCGAAGUUAAUUCUUUUAAGUGAGUGAAGCAAUGAGGAAAAUGUGCCUCAGUGCAUCUCAAUGCUUCCAGCUUGCUGAAUGUAACAUAUCCUCUCCUUACUGCAUGGCUUUAACAACUAUUCAAAUACCUUAAACUUUGUUAUUUUCAUUAUGUGUCACUUUGUGAAACGGUCAUAAUUUCUGUGGUCUCUUUUUUCUUUCGUAAUCCUGCUUCAUUUCAGAAAAAGCUGUGAGGUUUUUAAAUGCUUGGUAUUGAUUGAUAGUAUCUCUUUUUGCAGUUUCUGUUUGCUUCUUUUUGCUGAAAAAUUAUUAAAACAAUACUAAAACUA